CUUCUGUUAAAUGUUGAGAGAAAGCCUCAGCGGAGCGUCAGUCCUGCGUGAAGGAACCGAGACGCAGUGAUGGAGAUCCUCUCCGCGUUUGUCUCCGCUGUUUUAAUCUGUGUGGUCAGUGCUGGAGCCAACCACGGUGAUAUACACUGGACAUACAAAGAGGGGGCGUUGGACCAGAUGCACUGGGGGACUGAAUACCCUGCGUGUGGCGGCAAGAAGCAGUCCCCGAUAGACAUCCAGCGGCGCAACGUGAAGUUCAACCCGGACAUGUCCCAGCUGGAGCUGAGCGGAUACGAUGCCCAAAAAGGGACUUUUCUAAUGACCAACAACGGACACACAGUUCAAAUCGACCUCCCUCCCACCAUGAAGAUUACCAAGGGCCUUCCAGCAAAGUUCACAGCUGUCCAGAUGCACCUGCACUGGGGUGGCUGGGACAAUGAGGAGAGCGGGGCGGAGCACACCAUGGAUGGCAUCCGCUACAUGGCAGAGCUCCACAUUGUCCAUUACAACUCUGACAAGUACAAGAGCAUCAGUGAAGCCGUAGAUAAGCCUGACGGUUUGGCAGUGCUUGCAUUUUUCUAUGACGAUGGCCACUUUGAAAACACAUACUACAGUGAUUUUAUAAACAAUUUGGGCAAAAUCAAGUACACAGGCCAGUCCAUGAACAUCUCAAAAAUCAAUGUGCGCUCCAUGCUUCCCGAGAACCUCAACCAUUUCUUCAGAUACCAGGGGUCCCUCACCACUCCUCCUUGCUAUGAGAGCAUCACCUGGACUGUGUUUGACACACCCAUCACUCUGUCACAAAACCAGAUCAGGAAACUGGAGAGCACACUGAUGGACAUCGACAACAAGACGCUGUGGAAUGACUACCGCAUUGCUCAGCCUCUCAAUGACCGACAGGUGGAGUCCUCCUUCCUGCCACGUCUCGGGAAAGGAAGUUUCUGUCGGCAGGAUGAGAUUGAAUCCAAACUCCUGAGGAUCGAGGGUCUGGUAACGUCUCUUGGAAAGAAUCUGUAUUCAGGAGGCGCUCCAGGCUCCAGGCCUUCCAGAUAUGAAAAUGGCGGCCUGUUUCCUUUGACGCUCAGCUUCAAUGACAAAAACACAGACAGCUACGCCUUGGUUCACCUCAGCCACUCCAUGGAUCUGGACGCUUUCACCGUCUGCAUGCAUGUGCUCCCUAAGAUGACAGGCAUCCACACCGUCAUCUCUUACUCCACCAACAUGAACGACAACGAGCUGAUGAUCAACAUCAACGAGGACUCGGAUGCAAGAGAGGUGGGCCUGUGGAUCGGCAACGAGUUUGUCAACCUGCCGCACAACUUUAGAGCCCAGGACUGGGCCAACUACUGCAUGACCUGGUCGUCCCACACCGGCGGGGCAGAGCUCUGGAUUAACGGCAUGGUGGGGGAGCAGAGGUACCUGAAAAGCGGUUACACCAUCAGGCCGGCCGGUGUACUCAUUCUGGGCAAAGAUCAGGACGGAUUUCUGGGGAUCUCCAGCGCAGACGCCUUUGUGGGUACCAUGACCGAUGUGAACGUGUGGGACUACGUGCUGACGACGGCGGACAUCCGGAACCAGAUGUCGUGUAACAGCACCGAGGUGGGGAACGUGUUCAGCUGGGGAAAAACCAGGCUCAGCGUGUAUGGUGGAGUGCAGCUGGACAACCAGCACAGAUGCUCCUGAAAGCCUUCCGCUUGGUUUGGUUUGAGCCUAAAAUCCUGCAAAAGCAAGAAUACCACAGCUGAUGGUGUUGGCUUUUUAUUUUUAGCAUGUUUGUGGUAAGGAAGGAUAAAAUGUCCACGUUUAAAGUGCAUCACAACUUUAUUUUCAUAAAUUCAUAAGUUUGCAUUAUAAAUAAAGGCUUAUAAGAGA